AUGGAGGACGACGUUGUACUCUUGUGCGACACGCUGACCAAGCUCGGCAUUCAGCGAGAGUGCGAAAAACGAGGAUUGCCGACGACGGGAAAUAAAAAGGCUAUGGCAAAACGCAUUGUCGAUCACGACAAAACGAUGGCGGAAAACGACGGCGCUCCUGAGGCCAAAGACGCGGCGCAGGAUUGCAAUCAGAACGACGGCGAUGCGAAUGUUGAAAACGAUGACGACCGACGCGCCGACGACGACGACGGCUUGGUCGAUGAAGUUGAUGACGACGACCGCUCGAACGACGAAAACGAUUACUCACACAGAGAUGCUGACGACGAUACGGACGACUCUGAAUUCUUCACGACGGCGGUGGGUAGAAAGAGAACGACGUCUACGCCGAAGCCAACCCCACUCGCAGAACAGGAGCAACGACCAUACUCAUUUCGUGAUGUGGAGGACAGCAUCGAAGCAUUCGGAGCAGAGGAAGGCCACGAUGUGAAAAUGUGGAUGAACCAGUUUGAGGCCAUGGCGAAAACAGCAUUCUGGAACGAUGAGCAGAAGUUAAUAAUGUGCCGGAAAAAGUUGAUUGGCACUGCACGGCGAUUCGUGUUCUCCCAACGCGAUUUAUCAACAUUCUCGAAGCUGAAGACUGCCCUUAUCCGUGAAUUUUCCCCUUUCGUACGGGCAAGCGACGUUCAUCGCACGUUGGCUGGGCGUAAGAAGAAGCUGACGGAAUCGACGCGAGACUAUAUCUACGAAAUGCAACGAAUUGCCCUCGCGAUCAAUCUUGAUGAGUUAAGUGUGUGUGAGUACAUUGUCGAUGGAAUAACGGACGACGCAUUUCAUCGCUCCCUCUUGUACGAAGCCAGCACGAUCCGAGAGCUGAAGGCGAAGCUGCUUAACUUCGAAAAGGUACAGCGGAAAGCGGAACGCAAGCCGAGAGUGGACGACGACGCCGGACGAAAGAAAGAGCACCGAAAAUCGGAAUCGACGAAGCAGAGCAGUAAACCCGAAGCGAAGCGUCACUGCUUCAACUGCGGCGAGGCGUCGCAUGUGGCGAACGAGUGCCCGCAGAAGAACGACGGACCGAAGUGUUUUGGCUGCAACUCGUUUGGUCACCUGUCGAAAGAUUGCAGCAAGAAGAAGGAGAAAAAGGAGAGUGACAAAAAAGCAGCAUCUAAAGUGAAUGUACUGCAAGCCGAUGGCAAACCGUGUGUGAUGAUGAAGUUGUUCGGGCGCGACUUUUCUGCGAUAAUCGAUACCGGGAGUGAAAUUUCGUUGGUUCGGCAGGAUUUGUGGACGGAUCUGUCGGAAUCCGGUCCGCCGAUGAGAAAAUCAUCGAUGAAGGUGCGCGGCUACGGUGGAAAAGUGAAUACGGUUUGCGGCGAACUAGAUCUCGAAGCCGAAAUCGAAGAAGAAAAAUACGUUGUGCGUUUCUAUGUUGUGCCGGUUGACGCGAUCGAUAUGCAAUUGUUAAUUGGAAUGGAUUUCCUUAACAGUGUCGAUUACGCGAUUACUCCCGAUGGGGCGCGAGUGAAAAAGUUCCCACCAAAAGUUGAAGAGCCGGAACAGAGUGAUGCCAAAUGGAUCCGCCGCGUAGAGGAGUACAUUGGUGAAAACGAGAUUUCAGUGCCGUACAAAUACCGCGACGAAGUUUUGGGAAUGAUUGAGAACUAUAGUCCGAGUCAGUCAGUGGUUGCUGCUAAUGAAUUAUCAAUCAAGUUGAAGGACGACGACGCCGUUUGUGAAAAUCCUCGUCGGUUGGCACAGCUGGAAAAAGAAGUGGUGAAGAAGCAAAUCGGGCAAUGGAUGAAGAACAGCAUAGUGCAGCCAUCCGAAAGUGAAUAUGCGAGUCCGGUUGUGGUCGUUCCGAAGAAGGACGGAUCGUACCGCGUCUGUGUUGACUACCGGGAAAUAAACAAAAAAGUAGUGCGCGAUAAAUUUCCAAUGCCCAACGUUGAAGACCAAAUCGAUCGGUUGUCGGAGGCUCGAGUGUACACGACGCUCGAUCUGAAGAAUUCGUACUUUCACGUACCGGUAGAAGAGAAGAGUCGAAAGUACACCGCGUUCGUGACGAGUGAUGGGCAAUAUGAGUUUCUACGAGCACCGUUUGGAUUGUGUACAAGUGGUAACGCGUUCGGUCGAUUCAUUACUACGGUGUUUAAAGACUUGAUCAAUGACGAGAUGAUUAUGGCAUUCGUGGACGACGUCAUCAUUCCGUCCAAAGAUGAAGAACAAGGACUGAAAGUGUUGAAACGAGUGUUGGAAGUGGCUGAGAAGAAUGGAUUGCAGUUUAAUUGGAAGAAGUGCGCUUUCCUGCAACGUCGAGUAGAACAUCUCGGCUAA